AUGCCACCGGUUAAUUCUAAAAGUAAGAAAAACGGCGACGCAGAAUACGAGAAUAUAAUACCCACAAAAUGCACAGCACUAGACUUUGAGAGGUAUAUUCAAGAAAACAAGACUUUACUACUGAAUGACCCGCUUAGGGAAAUACUUAUUUAUCCCACUGAUGAUGUGUCUAGUGUAGUCCUGCCAAGGCGAUGGAGAACAGUGACCACAGCAGUACCAAAUGUUAGGACAGCUGCAACCUGUCCCCUGCUCACCCGCCAAGCUUUACUCAGCUAUGCUUCCAGUUGGAAUCUUAUACAUUACAAGUAUAACAGUUAUUCUGGGACUUAUCUUAACUUGCCAAGGCCAUUGAAUGACAAACUACCUGAGGAAGUAUACGACUUGGAUGCGGAAAUUGAAAGUGAUAAUGAAGCUCAAACUGCUAAGGUGGAUGCUGGCACCAAAGAGGGUUACUUGCUCAAAGGCCCUGAAAUCGGUUCCGAACGGAUAUUCAGCAAUCUCGCGUCGAAAUCUUUCAAGAAACGGUAUUGCUCAAUGGUUAGGGAAGCUGAUGGAACUUAUAUCUUGGAAGUUUAUAAGGAUGACAAGAAGACGGAUACAAAGCUCACGAUUGUUAUGGAUUUUUGUUCAGAUGUCGUUAGGAAUCCAAAGCGCGGGAAGUAUUGUUUUGAACUGCGGAUGGCGGGCGGGAAAGGGUACACGUUCAGUUCGGAUAAUGAAGACGAUAUGAAUGAAUGGAUCAAUGCCUUUCAAGCUGCGUUGAAAAAAGGUCCUAGUGACCAAGAGAUUCAUCAAAAUGAUGAAGCUUUGGAUAAAGAUGCCGAUGUUUCCCUGACAGCAGAGCCCCCACCUCCUACAUACGGAACUCUGAAAGGCUUAGAACACAGUAUGAAUCCGCUCUUGAUGCGGUAUUCCAGGGAGACGGAUCUGUCCAUUGCCGCCGCUCGAAAUGAGUGCCGCACUAAUAUAUUCAAUCUGCCAUACAAGCGCGCGCCUUCACCUGAACCUCAAUUGGAACCGUUCAAAGAACACUUUGGCCAAAGAAUUUUGCUCAAAUGCGAAAGUUUUAAGUUUAGGUUACAAGCGCCUAUAGAUGGCGAUAAAGAAUUGUUGUGCCAAGUGGAGCCGUAUUACACACACCUCGCCUUGUACGACGCGAGGAGUGGCAGAAAACUCACUGAAAACUUCCACUUCGAUCUUAAUCAUGACGCGGUGAAGGAUCUAGUCAAGGAUACAGAGUGCACAAAGUCAUUAGUUGAAAAUUUUAGCUACGACGUUAAGUUAGACAUUAAUCAAAUACCAGAUGACUGGUUUCGGUCGAAAAAACAAGCUCUUCUCUCUGUGAACAAUCCACACGCGGAUCUAUUCUUAGUAGUUAAAAUUGACAAAAUCCUACAAGGCCAUGUGAAUCAAGUUUUGGAACCUUAUCAGAAGGCAACAAAAGACCCCCGUUUAGGACUCAAGGUCCACAAAACUGUGCAGGCUUAUGCAAAUCGAGUUGGAACUUAUCGAAUGCCAUUUGCUUGGGCUGCUAAACCAUUAUUCAAGUUGUACAGCAACGACUUAGAUACAACACCCGAAUUUGCCGCCAUCUAUCGCCAAGAGCCGAAUAAAAUGUCCGACGAAGAUUUGCUCAAAAUUCUAUCGGACUUCCGCAAACCAGAGAAAUUGUCUAAACUCACGGUCAUACCCGGAUGGCUCAGUAUUAAUAUUCAGCAGAGCAACGAAUCGAUACCAAAUUGUAUGACCAGCUCCUACGCCGCUCUGAAGCCGUUUCCACUCCCGCCUACAUCGCCGCUAACCCUCGAACUAGCAACUCUGAACGUGGAACCCGAACAGCCAUAUGCAGCUUACGUGCACCAUUUAUACGUGCGCCCUCUAUCACUCAACUUCGAAUCACAGAAAAUGUUCGCCAGAGCACGGAAUAUUGCCUGCUCUAUUGAAUUGAGAGAGAGCGAUUCGGGUGACAGUAAACCUUUGCAAGCGGUAUACGGCCGUGUAGGAAUGAAAACUCAACACCGUUGCUCCGUGCUGCAUCACAACGCAAACCCCACAUGGUGCGACGAGGUAAAAAUCCGUCUGCCAGCCACCAUCACGCCACAGCACCACCUGCUGUUCAUCUUCCACCACAUCUCCUGUGAUAUUGCAAAGAAUUCCACCAAUGUUGAGACUUGCAUUGGAUAUGCAUGGGUGCCAUUGUUAAGAAACGAUAAAGUCAUAGAUGAAAUUGUGAACUUGCCUAUUGCCACUCAUCUGCCGUCAGGGUAUCUUGCCAUACAACCUCUUGGACUCGGAAAAGGGAAUGCCGGUCCCGACGUCGUAUGGGUGGAAGGGGAAAAACAGCUCUUCCGAUGCCAACUAGUAUUGGACUCUACAGUGGCUACUCGCGAUUCUCACUUGCACAACCUCUUCAGCCAGGCGGAACGACUGAUCAAAUCCAAUUCUCCGCCUAUGUCACCGUCGCCUCCACCGUGGAAUGAUGUGCUGACUGCGUUGAAAGCUGCGCAUGCGAUCAAGCUUAGCUCACUCGUUGCUUUCUUGCCAACUAUACUGAAUCAGUUAUUUGAGUUGAUGACUGUGGAAAAGAGCUACUCGAACGACAUGGGGUACCAAAUCGUAAAGUUGAUAAUUCACUUUGUCCACAUGAUACACGAUUAUGGACGAAAAGAUCUCCUUGAUAGUUAUGUCAAGUACGUAUUCAACUGCGUUGAAUUCAAGCUGCACACAGUACUGACAGCGCCGUUACACAUGUUCGUGGACCCUAAUCAACAGGAUUUUCUUCUGGGGCACAAGUUUAUGCAGUAUUCCAGCUUCUUCUUCGAUAUUAUUACGAAGAGCAUGGCGCAGUAUUUGAUUAACACUGGCAGAAUAAAGAUGUCACGCCAUGAACGGUUUCAAGCAGACCUUCUCGACAACAUAGAUCAGCUUGUGACUACUGUGGAACCCACAUACAUUCUGCAGCAGCCGAUGCAAACACACAUAUUCAACAAGAACCUCGCGGUUUUUCUAAAAUCGUGCCUUUCAUUCAUGGAUCGAGGCUUCAUAUUCUGCCAAAUAAAGAAAUACUUGGACAAGUUCAAGGUGUGCGACCCCAAAGCGCUGUUUGACUUCAAAUUCACAUUCUUGCAAACAAUCUGCUUGCACGAACAUUUUGUACCGUUCAACUUGCCAUUACAAGCUAAUAAACUUGCCAAAAACUGUGAUGAAGAUCCAGCGAAACUAAAACUGUCCGAAGACUUUAUAAACAGGCACUUUCUAGCUGGAAUUUUGUUAAAACAAGUAGAACAAUCUCUACGCGAAGCUCCACAAAAGCGACGCACGGCUCUGGGUGUACUGCGCGGCUUACUUACUAAGCACGAACAUGACGACAGGUAUCGCACGAGGCAAGCACGCUCCCGGCUUGCACAGCUGUACGCACCUUGGCUUACUAUUGUACUAGACAACGCUCACCGUCUAGUAACAAAACAACUUGCAAGUCCUGUCUUAGAAAAUGGACACGAUAAAGUCGACGGGGACGCCACUCUGAACUCCAUUUUGGUUACACAAAAAGAAGUGACGUCAGCGAAUAGCACACCACGAAGAAACCGACUCACGUUACAUUUUGAUCACACGCCCGUCAGAAAUUCCGCUCAUUUUAAAGAGCCACCAACAAUUCAGAUAAAUCACAUGUAUGGAAAAGAUCACACAAACAAUGCGUCACAAAGCUCUCUCGAAUCUGUUUCGACUAUGUCCGGAGGCGAUUCGCUUCCCAGAAACAGUACCAGGCUGGACUUAAGCGAAAUUGGUGACCAAGUCAACAGAUUCGGUGUGAUGUCCGCGGAAGAGGUGCGGGACGUGCUUCUAUGUUUCUUGUUUGUUUUGAAGUAUUUAGACGAGGAACGAUUAGUCGAGUGGUGGAAGACGCAUUCGCAGGCGCAACAACAAUCAUUCUUUAACGUCUUGGAAAUAUGCGCUGAACAAUUCCAAUACCAAGGUAGAAAGAAAAUUCUCUCUGAACUUAAAACAUCGACACCGGACUGCAACAGCAAGCCGAAGCCUAUGAAAGCACGAACACUACCCGCCAGAAUGAGCCCUCCUGACUUUUCUAAAGAACCUCCUAUAAUUGUAGAGAAGAAUAACACUGUAAACAGGGAGAACCUUGUCACUAAUACAGUCACUUCUGAACUAGAAGCAAUAGCAGAACACUCGGUACUGUCAGCUGGCUGUUUAGCUACCGAGGUUGGCCUUACAAUCAUAGACCGCGCGUGUCUAUUCAUGAAGCACAUAGGCGCUGCGGACGGCGUCGCUGCGAAGCCAUACUUAAAGCUGCUUCAGUAUCCACAGAGCGAGAACUUGUACAAACAUUUGUUUGCCGCACUCAGGGCUUACAUCAAUCAGUUCUCGGAAACACUGUUUGAAGGUGGUAGCACGGUAUGCGCAGGAGUAGUGACCGCCGUGGUUAAGCUAUGCGAGGCGCGCGCCGCUUGGCUUCGACGAGAGGCCGCUGCCGCCUUAUAUUUACUCAUGAGGGCUAACUUCCAACACGGCUCUGGUGGUAAUCUAACCAGGGUACAUUUACAGGUUAUCAUAGCAGUAUCAAAGUUGCUAGACAAGUCUACGGCGUUAAACUGCAAACGAUUUCAAGAAUCUUUGUCCGUCAUCAACUGCUUCGCCACUGGAGAUAAAGCUAUGAAAGGAACAGGAUUAUCAAGCGAGGUAGCUGAACUGAUGCGACGCGUACGCACAGUAGUCGGCGCGAGAGCUCGGCUAGCUGGAGUCGGAGGCUAUGGUGGAGCAGGUGCAGGCAGCGUGCACCUGGCAGAGUUACAGCACGCGUUGGCAGCGUCAUGUCGCGCCACACCGCGUCUGAGACACGCGUGGCUCGCAACGUUAGCUGAACACAACGCGCGGCAGGGCGAUCAUGAUGAGGCAAUGUGCUGCCAACUUCACAUAGCGGCACUUAUCGCAGAGUACUUGAAACUACGCGGAUCGCAAUCAUGGGGUGUGGACGUGUUCGCUGAUAUAUCCAUGAAUAUACCGAAGGAUGAAACUGGUCUCAAAAUCGAUGAAGGAAUGGGCGAUGUGCACUACAGCGAACAAGCCCUACUUGAUCAAUUACUUGUCUGCACAGAAUUCGUUGACAAGGCAGAACGAUAUGAACUACUUGGACCUUUGUACAGACUCAUAAUCCCUAUAUACGAACGUAGGAAAGAUUAUCAGGCUCUGCUCACGUGUUAUCAGCAUCUCACCAAAGCAUAUGCCAAAGUUAUCGAAGUUACUAAUUCGGGGAAACGACUUCUUGGAAGAUUUUACCGAGUAGCAUUCUUUGGAAAAGCGCAUUUCGGAGAAGACGAAGAGGGAAUGGAAUUUAUUUAUAAGGAACCGAAGUUGACGUCACUAAGUGAGAUAUCUGAGAAGCUUCAAACUUUCUAUGAACAAAAAUUUGGCACCGGACAUGUCAAGAUGAUUAUGGAUUCGGCUCCGGUGAAUCGCGAGGAGUUAGACAGUAAAUUAGCAUACAUCCAAGUAACUUGGGUUCGCGCAGCGCCGGAAGGCGCGGUCACAGCGAGCUCUGCCAACGAGGGCUCCUUCGAGCGCGCCCACAACGUACGUCGAUUCGUCUUCGAGACCCCAUUCACAAGAGACGGCGCUGCCCGAGGCCCUGUGCACCACCAAAGGCUUCGACUUACGCACCUUACUGCGGAAAGUUGGUUCCCGUACGUGAAGCGACGCGUGCCGGUGAUAGAGACGCAGGUUGAAGAAAAGAGCCCCAUUGAAGUUGCAGUGUCAGAGAUGGAGAGCCAGGUGGCUGAAAUUACGGAAAUCAUCAACGCUAAAGCACCUGACAUCAAGAAAUUACAGUUGAGAUUACAGGGCAGCGUAUGUGUGCAAGUGAACGCUGGACCAUUAGCGUACGCCAAUGCGUUUUUGGAUCCAGCCCUUGCGCAGAUGUAUCCGGACGAGAUGGUAGACAAAUUGAAGUCUAUUUUCAAAGAAUUCCUGCUGGUAUGUCACUCUGCAUUGCAACUGAAUGCAAAACUGAUCAGCUCCGACCAAGUCUCAUACCACGAAGCUCUUGAAAGUAACUACUAUAAAUUAAGCAACUCACUAGCGACUGUUCUGGGGCAGCCUCUGCAAGACAUUCUCGUCAAUGGGAGUCUUAGCACCACUGUCACGGGAGUCGAACUUGAGUCUAGUAAUGCGUAAAAUCAACAUUCAGAAUACUUGUUUUAAUACGACAAAAUUUUGUAUUAUCCGUGGGCUAAGAAGCUCUCAUGGACAAGAGUACGUACACCCUAGGACACAUGUUAUUAUCUGAAAUGCCUUCGAACUUGGCUAUGGAUCGUGAGGAAUGGUGGAGGCUAAAGCAACAAGGGCACGAAUGACUAUGAUACUCAGACUUACGCAGUCUAUAAUAUAGUCGGCUCUUCAUGACUGUAGAUUAUGACUUGGUGAAAUCUCGCUCGAACUACCUCCACGUUGUUCUGUAUUACUCAUAGAACAGUAAGAUAGUGAAGCCAGAAAGAAGAAGGUCAAAUUAUUACUUAGUACGACUCUCUGGAACGAAAAUUGUGAUUUGUGAUUGGAUACUUUCAUCUGUUCAUUCUACUUUCAAUAUCUUACUUAUACUAUACUUUUAAUUAUUUUCUUUUGUAGUAUAAUGCCCUCUGCCCAACGUAUCGUAGGCAGUGUUGGGCGUUAAUCAAUUAAAUUUCAAUCAAUAAU